AUGCAGUACUCCAUUUUCACUACCCUCUCCGCCAUUGUCACCAUGGCAUCUGCGCUCGGAAUCAACUGUCGCGGCUCUGGCUUCUGUUCUGGCGGUGCCGGAAACCUCAUCAACCUGAAAGCAAUCGUCGACAACAUUCAACCACGAGACCGCCACUACGAGACAGGCCAGCAGGUCGCUUGUACAGGUGACACAUGCGCGUUCUACCAGAGCGGCGCAACAGGUACCGCUGAUGAUGUGUCUUGGGCUCUACAAGCCCUUCUUGAUCAUGGCUGUAAGAAAUGUGGCUCUGUGCCUACGCAGGACGGCAACAACGUCGAUGAUGGGCAGUUGACGGUCAAUUUUGUUAGCGAUCCUAGUUGUCAGGGCGCCUGUUAG